AUGAAUAUGAAUCUAGGAUGUCUUUUACUGUCAUUGAUAGGGCUAGUAAACUUAGCCCUUGGAUCCCCAGGAGAUUGGCUGGACGAGUUUAUCGACUGUAGGGAGUCCUGCGAAAUAAUACGGUCAUGCUCAGAUCCAAGUACAGAUGCUCCUGACCACCAUAAUGGAUUUGACCUCUCUUACUUCGACGAAACCCCCGUGUUUUUACGCAAAUGUCUUCUUUGGGACUGUGAGUCUGACUGUGAUUACCAGUGUCAACAAAUUGUGACCAUAUUAAGGAUAGAGAAUGGAGAGGAAAUAUAUCAGUUUCACGGCAAGUGGCCCUUUAAGAGGAUGUUUGGAAUUCAAGAACUCUAUUCCACACUGUUCAGCAUAGCUAACUUUGUACCCCACUACCGAGGUUUCAAAAUACUCAGAUCUGAAUUGAAAAAGCUUUCCCACUACGAUAAAAGCGGUAUCCUGUUAGAUAAAUAUGUUUACGUAUCCAUCGCAGGCAUGCUCGCAUGGACAGCAAGUUCAAUCUUUCACCUCAGGGAUUUCAUAGUGACCGAGAAACUAGACUAUUUCUUCGCUGGAGCGACGGUUCUUAGCGGAUUCCACGCUAUUUUUAUCAGGAUCUUCCGCCUUGAUAAACAUGACAACCUGCGCCAUCUCUUCUGUGGCACAGUUAUAUUAAUCUUUUUGAUGCAUAUCUUAAGGCUUUAUCUCGAUUGGUCCUACACAUACAAUAUGAGAUUUAAUGUCGCAUUUGGUGUGCUUCAAUACCUUCUCUUGCUCACCCUUUCAUACCGGAACUAUGUGCAUUUAAAAUCACAACCAAAAAGUAGGAGUUCUCCUUACGCAUCACAGGCUCAAAUGACGUGGCAAUUGUGUACCGUCCCGCUUUUGUUGGUCGUAGGAACUUCGCUUGCAAUGAGCUGCGAAUUAUUUGAUUUUUUCAGCUACACAUGGCAAAUUGACUCUCAUGCUAUUUGGCACGCUUGCACAAUUCUUCCAUCAUGGAAGUUGUAUGAUUUCUUCAUCAGAGAUUAUCGCUAUUUAAAACACCGUUGUAAUAGCCUCGCCGAGUGA